AUGACCGUCGAAAGGAAUAAAUUACAGUUACCAUCUAUAAAAGAUUUUCAUUUUCUUAAAACUAUCAGUCGUGGUGGUUAUGGACGAGUUUAUUUAGCAACAAAGAAAAAUGAUAAUAAUAAAAUAAAAUAUGCAAUUAAAGUUAUUAAUAAACACGAUAUACGUAAAAAGAAUUUGAUUGAUCAAAUUCUUAAUGAACGUGAUGCAUUAGCAACAAUGCAUAGUCAAUUUGUAGUUAGCCUUUUUUAUUCAUUACAAAGCAAAGAACAUAUUUAUUUAGUUAUGGAAUACAUGAUCGGUGGUGAUUUAAUGUCAUUUUUAUGUAUUAAAUAUAUACUUGAAAAACAUGAAGCACAAUUUUAUAUUGCUGAAAUUGCUCUUGCACUUGAUUAUUUACAUCGAAAAGAUGUUAUACAUCGAGAUUUAAAACCAGAUAAUGUUCUUAUAUCAGUAACAGGACAUAUUAAACUAACUGAUUUUGGAUUAUCAGAAAUUCGAAAUAGACGAAAAGUAUCAGUAGCUGAUGUGAUUGGUACACCAUCUGUAUGUAAAGCACGAGCUUUUCGUACACCUGGUCAAAUCAUAUCGUUAACAUCUGAUUUUAGUUUUUCUUCUAGUGAAUCAGAUUCAGAUCCAUUUUAUACAUCAACAUCAAGAGAAAAUAUUUAUUCAAAUAAUAGUGUUCAUCGUUCAUGUUCAUCAGCACGUCCAAUCGAUUGUAGUUUACGUGUUUAUCGACAAGCUUUACCAGCAUGUAUUCCUGAAAAUGAACCAAUAUCAUUUGCAAUCAAUGAAUUUGAUGAUCGUGAAGAUACAAAUACAAGCAAUACAUCCGAUUUUCUUUUUUCUAGUCCACGUAAACAAUCAUCAAAUACAUCUCAAACUAUAAAACAGCCGCCACGUGUUUAUCCUAAAACUGUAUCACGAUUACUUGCUUCAUCACCAGCUCAUCAAAAUCAAUAUCGAGCAUUUCCUGGUGUAGGUCGUACAAUAACAUCAAUACCAUCAACAACAACAGCAACAACAGAAACAACAUCUGCUUCAUCAUCGGGCUCACCAUGUCUAUCACCGAUUCGAUAUAUUUUAGAUGCAUCGCAAAAUAGUCAAGAUCAAUCCAGUGAAAAACUAAUCAAUAUUGAUGAGAAUAUUAUUCGAAUGUCAACAGAAGAUAUACAAUCAACUCAACUUUCAUUACCAAAUGAUGAUAGUUCAUUAAAAUCUGUUUAUCUUGCUCAAAAUUAUUUAAGUGGUCGAAUUAUACCUGAUAUGACAACAAAUACAUCUGUUCGAAGUAGUUUUCUUAAAUCACCAAUACAUCCAAAUGUUUCAGGACCUGUUUUAGGUACACCAGAUUAUUUAAGUCCAGAAGUUUUAUUACAAGAUGAAAAUCAUACGACCGCAGUUGAUUUUUGGGCUCUUGGUAUAUGUCUCUACCAGUUUCUUGUUGGUACAACACCAUUUUCAGAUGAUACUCCACAUGCAAUUAUAUCUAAUAUAAUUAGUUAUCGACUAACAUGGCCUGAAGAUGAUGGCGAACAAUUAUCAGAAGAUGCAAUAAGUGCAAUUAAAGGUUUACUUAAUUAUGAUUCAAGUUUACGAUUUCAAUUAGAUGAUCUGAAAAAAGAAUCUUUUUUCGAUACAAUCGAUUGGGAUAAUUUAUCUAAUAUGCCAGCACCUUUUAUUCCAGUACCUGAUAAUGAUUCAGAUACAUUCUAUUUUAAAGCUCGAAAUAAAGCAAUUGGAUUCGACGACGACUCAAUUGAUUCUAUAACAGUAUAA